CUCCAGACUUGAAAUCCGAGCAGCAACGCCGAGUCACAUCAAGCUAUUUCCGGGCGCGCUGCGACUCAACGACAGAUACUCCGAAAACCAUGGCCAGAUUACUGACAUACACUUCAUUUCACAGGCGACUAUUGCGAUGUAUACCUCACGCACGACUCGAUGAGCGUGCGGAAGGCGCAUAACUCGGGUCGUAACCAUCUGAGGAACGUCGUCGAAUACUACCAACAAAUCGGUCAAGAGAAGGCCCAAUCAGUCAUCGACUCAAUCACCUCGUCCUACGCCGCUGAGGGCCAGCCUCUCCCCAAUCCCGCAAUGGUGCCCGGCGCUUUCCCGCCGCCAUUCGGCUUCCCUGGUCGACCAGGCCAAAUUCCCCCUCCUCCAUUCGGCAUCCCACCCCCCGGAGCCCCCGGUGCACCAGGCAUGCUUCCUCCCCCAGGCGCCCACGGCGGUCUCCCCUUCCCACCGCCCUUCAACGCAACAGGAACACCCCCAACAGGCGGCUUCCCCCCACCCCUCCCCAACAUGCCCCAAGGCGCAGGCCUGCCCCCUCCACCUCCAGGCGGCUUCCCCAACAUGCCUUUCCCACCUCCCGGUGCAGCGGGCUUCCCGCCUAUGCCCAGUGCCCCGAUGGGUGCUACGAAUUCGCCGAUUCCUACUGGUCCGCGUGGCUCAGAAGGGUAUCCUCCUCCCCCUGGCGGUGGACCUCCUCCUGGGAUGGAUUCUCGGUGGUGAUUUUGUUUACUGAUACCUCUUUCUAACUGAUUUCUCUGCUAUUGUUUGUUAAGAUUGGGAGGUGGGGGUGUGUGGUGUCGGAUGUGAUAUUGAUAUUGAUUGCUUUGCGUUGGGUUACAUUGCAUGUAUCUCCGGUACCAUCCUCUCUCUCUUCGUGGGUCUUUUUUGUUUAAUGUAAAAUAGCGAUUUUUCUUCUUAUGUUUCUCUGCUUCCUCUAUCCAUGUUACACUCCAUCUCAGAUGAAUCUUUGCGAUUUCAACAGGCGCUUCUGUCUGCUGUUAUCAGAUCAUGAAAUUGGAUUCGCUACAAGAUCCUCAGACCAUAUCUACC